UGGCUUCGCGAUGCUCUACAGCGGUUUGUGUAUGCGUCAACGCUCAUCUGUCAAGACCCACAUUUAUGUGAAAAGGAAAGAGGAAAACUGAAACAGGAGAGGGACAGAGAAGCACAGUCGGUGUUAAACAGCGUGCACUGCCUGUUCUGACCGACCGACACCGAGCAGCCAUGGGUUCGUCCACAGAUGAAGAAUUUAAAGAAAAAUUACUAUGGAAUGUGAAAAGAGAGGUGAAGCAGAUCAUGGAGGAGGCCGUGACUAAGAAGUUUGUGCACGAGGACAGCAGCCACAUCAUAGCGCUUUGCAGUACUAUUGAAGCAUGCCUGACCCACUUGCUGAAGCGGCGGGCAGCUGGCUUCCUGCGGAGCGACAAGAUCGCCGCCCUCUUCACCAAGAUCGGCAAGGUGAACCCCACGACGGCCGAGGUGUGCUGCAAGGUGCAGGAGCAGCUGCAGCAGCAGGCCGAGAUCACCAGGAGAGCACAGAGCACAUCAGCACAGGAGCCCCUCAGGAGGCAGGCGUCGUCCGCAGGUCGUGCCCCCCAGCCCCUCUCAGCACAGGCCAUCAAGCACAUCUGGGUCCGCACAGCCCUCUUCCAGAAGGUUCUGGACAAGAUAGUGCAAUACAUAGUGGACAACUCCAGUAAGUACUACGAGAGGGAGGCGCUGAUGCACGACUCGGUGUACGGGCCCAUCCUCGCUGCGCUGCUGGUUGGCCCCUGUGCUCUGGAGUACACGAAGCUCAAGACCUCCGACCACUUCUGGACGGAUCCCUCGGCCAAUGAGCUCGUCCAGCGCCACCGUAUCCAUGGCGCCCACCGAGGACAAGAGUCUUCCCCCAGCCGCAGGCCCGCUCUCGGGAUCCGGAAGAGGCAGUCCAGCGGGAGCAUGACCGAGGACAAGUUUGCCGCCUCGGCGCGGGAGUACGUGGAGUCGCUGCAUCAGAACUCGCGGGUUCACCUCCUCUACGGCAAAAACAAUGUGCUGGUACAACCUAAAAAGGACAUGGAGGUUUUGAGGGGUUAUCUGUCCUUGCACCAGACCGCAGAAACGCUCACUCUCAAGUGGACGCCCAAUCAGCUGAUAAAUGGCACUUUGGGGGACUGUGACCUGGAUAAGAGUGUAUACUGGGACUACGCUCUGAUCGUGCCUUUGCGACAGAUUGUCUGCAUCCACUGUCACCAGCGACCGGACUGCGGUGGCACCCUGGUGCUGGUGAGUCAGGAUGGCAUCCAGCGGCCGCCCCUGCACUUCCCCCCCGGUGGGCACCUACUGGCCUUCCUGUCGUGCCUGGAGAACGGCCUGUUGCCCCGGGGGCAGCUGGAGCCCCCCCUCUGGUCCCAGAGGGGCAAGGGUAAAGUCUUCCCUAAGUUGCGGAAGAGAAACAGCACGGCGCGGCUGCUGGAUGGCGACGGCGAGGGGGACGAGCAGGUGGCCGCCGACUACGUGUUCCGCAUCGUGUACCCGGGGCACCGCCACGACUCCAUCACUAUUAACUACCACCACACCACGGGCAGUCGCGCGCCCUCGCUGGACGACGAUGAGGAGGAGGAGGAUAGACUUCACGCAAUGAUCUCAAUGAUCUGCUCGCGGAACCUCACAGACCCUAAUGUCAUGAAAGACCAUGGGGACAUGGCAGAGAUCCCAGGUCUGGGGGGCAGUCCUCUGUCAUGGCAGCAGGGGGAGAGUGCCAGUCACAUGUCGUCAUGCCUCUCCUGCUCCACCGGGGGCAGCAACGCGUCUUUUGAGCUUCCACCUGGCUGCACCUGCAUGCACGAUAGAAUCCCAUUGAAGAUGCUCUGCCAGAACAUGAAGAGGCAGAUUGUGUCGAGAGCCUUCUACGGAUGGCUGGCCUACUGUCGACACCUGUCCACAGUGCGCACACACCUGUCAGCGCUGGUCAACCACAACAUCGUGCCCCCGGACAAACCCUGCGAGGCAUCGGGUGGCCUCAGUAAAGACGUCUGGAGCAAGUACCAGAAGGACUGCAAGAACUACAAAGAGCUUGAGCUCCUGCGAUUGGUUUACUAUGGAGGGGUAGAGCAUGAGAUCAGGAAGGAGGUGUGGCCUUUCCUGCUGGGUCACUAUAAGUUUGGGAUGGGGAAGAAGGACAUGACACAGAUCGACGAGAAGAUCACAGCCAGGUACCAGCAGGUGAUGCGCGAGUGGAAGGCCUGUGAGGUGAUCGUCAAGCAGCGGGAGAAGGAGAUGCAGUCGGCCAUCUUUGCCAAGCUCUCCUCGGGGAGCAGCAUCGACAGCCAUGUCCUGCGUCUGGUGCAUCGAGACUCCACUCUCAGUAACGAGGGCGUAGAUUUGGUCUCAGCUAUGGUGUUCAUGUCUGUGGACGAGCCCGACCCGAGCAGCCAGGACACCCCCGGGGGGAGCGACAGCACGACGACCCUGACCACGGUGGUCACCCCCGCGGCCCUGGCGCUGGACGAGAGGCCCCUGGUGGAGUUCGACUCCCCGGACUCGGGCCUGCCGUCCUCCAGGAACUACUCGGUGGCCUCGGGCCACUCGCAGAUCCUGUCCAGCAUCGAGGACGGCCAGAGCAUGGAGGACGAGCCCAGCGAGGAGUCCCAGUCGCAGGCGUCCCAGGAGCUGCCCAGCCGCCAGGACUCGCUGACCGGCGAGGACCGGCUCGGCGGCACGCCCGCGGACAAACCGGAGAGCGGCGCCUCCAUCCCACCGUCCUUCUCCUCUUACACGAUUGAGCUGCUGGACACAGUGGCACUGAACCUUCACAGAAUCGACAAAGACGUCCAGCGCUGUGACCGCAACUACCACUAUUUCACAACCAGCAACCUGGAAAAGCUGCGCAACAUCAUGUGCAGUUAUGUGUGGGAGCAUUUGGAGAUGGGCUAUGUCCAAGGCAUGUGUGACCUGCUGGCUCCUUUAAUGGUUAUCUUAGAUGAUGAGUGCCUGGCUUACAGCUGCUUUACCCAGUUAAUGAAGAGGAUGAGUCAGAACUUCCCUAAUGGCGGCAGAGCGAUGGACACACACUUCGCCAACAUGAGGUCCUUGAUCCAGAUCCUGGACUCUGAGCUGUUUGAGCUCAUGCACCAGAAUGGAGACUACACCCACUUCUACUUCUGCUACCGCUGGUUCCUGCUGGACUUCAAAAGAGAGCUUCUGUACGAGGACGUCUUCGCAUUCUGGGAGGUGAUCUGGGUGGCUCCCCGGAUCUCCUCCAGGCACUUUGUCCUGUUCAUCGCGCUGGCCUUGGUGGAGGUGUACCGGGACAUCAUCCUGGACAACAACAUGGACUUCACAGACAUCAUCAAGUUCUUCAAUGAAAUGGCCGAGCGUCAUGACGUUCAGCAGAUCCUUCAGAUUGCCCGGGAGCUGGUGCACAAGGUUCAGACCCUCAUCGACAACAAGUGACCUAAGAGAGGACGAGAAGAAACAAGAAGACCGAAAAAAACAAACGGAGAGGAGAGGAGAGGAGAGGAGAGGAGGCUGGAGGGAGAGACGGCUGACCACCUCGAUGCCUCUGCCGAUAGCGAACCUCAGACAGUGUCCCUCUCUUGUCCUCCCCACCUGUCUCGCCCCUCUCCCACAAAGAGUGUUAACACUGGUGUGUGUGUUUCUCUCUCUCUCCCUCUCUCUCUCCAUGGUUCAGAGACACUGGGACCAGAGCUGCUCUCCUAACCUGCCCAGGAACAGGUAGGGGAGAGCGGGGGGGGGGCAUUCCAGAGAGUGGACCCCCCCUCUCCCACAGUACUUCCAGUCUUGAUAUCUAUUGCCUGUCACAGAAUGCCGUGGUGUCAGACCGUUGAGUCGUCUGCAUGCUUGUGAUGCUUGAUCACACUGUGACUGACGUUUUGAAGCUAUCCACACCUCCAGCAGCAGUGUGCAAACACAUAGACAAAACACACGCACGUGCACACACACACACACACACACACACACACACACACACACACACACACACACGCACAAACACAUGCACAAACACACACACACACACUCACACACACGCAUCCAUACACCCAUACUCAUGCCACAGCUAUCAGGUGGUUUUUAGAUCACUAAGACAUUUUGUAAUGACUAGUAUGCCUAAUAUGAAGGCCAUCACAGAGUUCUUAUGAGCAAGCCAGUGACUGUUCCUCCCCACCCCCCCACCCCCCCAGCCCCUCGGUAUGAAUCACAAGUAUUAUGCCUGUCCGUGAUUCUGAACACUCAGAAAGAAAAAAAAAAACAUGGACGGUCUUGCAGACGUUCGGCGGAGCUAGGUCGUGUAGUUGCGCGCUGCAAACAGCAGCCAUGCUAACUGUGUAGUGAUGUUACAGUGCCCAUGUUACAGCUGCCGGCGGACCACCGGGUGUGUGUGGACGUCGUCGCCAUCCCAGACUCGACUAGCUCCGUAAAGCCACGAAGAAAACGAGACUGUCCGUUUGUGACCAAAAAGACUGUGCCAACAUGAUGAUGACUUUUUUUGUCAUAGUAUUUGUAUUCCACACAACAAGCGCGCAAAACUUUACCAGUCGCUUUUCUUAACAAAAGAAAAAACAAAAAUGUUGUUUUCUUGCCCUUGUUAUUGUAAUCCACAAAUCCUUUCACUGCCAUUAAUGCCCAGUCACUUAUAUACAGCACUAUGAGUUGAUGAUGAUGCCUUUGCUGCAUUUUUAUUUCCCGUGACACUAUUUGCACUUUGACUCUGCGGCCAGGCUCGCUCCGGUGAAGCCUGCUAGGAAGGGACGGCAGGUGGAGGUGCUUGUCCUGGCCGCACAGCUUCCUUUUACUCCAGGACGUCGGGGUGACCCCCACGGAGACCCAUGGCUAAGGGGCCACGAGGGGAGCUGCACCAGGAGGCUGUCCCAUGCGGUUGCCCAAAGGGGUUCAGUUUAGUGCAAUGAGAUGUCCCCAGUGCUUCUCAUAGAUACAGUACACACACACACACACACACACACACAUACACACACACAAUCUCUGGUAGUUUAUAGAAUCUAUACACGCAACCAGCUGGUUUCAGUAAAUUGCAGCUCUUGGCAAGAAUUGCAAGCCACAAUUAAAAUGGAGGGAAGUUAUAUAGCACAGAAUAUGGAUGAUUUAAUGAUCUUUCAGUUGUUUUAUUUAUACUGUAUGUAAUCGCACUGUCAAAAGUUUUAGAACAGCCCCUUUUUCCAUUUCUAUUUCAAUUUAAUCAAAAGAGCAACAUUGUGCAGCAUCAUACAGGAUCCCCUGGCUUACAGUUAGGAAAUUUGUUCUACUGUAAGAUAAUGACCCAGAACACCUCCAUGCCAGAACUUCCUUGGAAAAGAACCAGACGCAGUGAUCUGGUGUUAGGUGGGUGAAAACGACACAUUUGUGAGUGUUUUCAAUAGUGCUGCUUCCUGACCGAUUUUUCAUUCCCAUUGUAGAAACAAUGCCACUAAUGUGUUCCGCUGUUGUAUCUGCAAACUAUGGCUACCUUGAUGCAUCAGAAUUGAGAUUAAAUUGUGUUAACAGAACAUGCUCACCUUUUUAUCUCUGAAUAUGUUUUGUUCCGUACUUUAAUUUCAGAGUAGGCUACAUUGAGGCACUGAACUGUGUAGUCUCAAUAAAAACUGGAAGAAGGGUGUUUUCGAACUGGUGGUGCAGUACAUAUAAUCACGUCAGUCACAGCUCUUUAUUGUUUUCUGAGAAAGGAAGGAAAUGAACAUAUCCACUAUAUUGGCUUGUCACAUCUGGAAAGACCUACAUCUGUGAUCUAACUUGCCGAAUAGUCUUCCCAGAAUCCUGCAGCAUGGCAUUUGUCACCCAGGUGAUCCUUCAGGACUUCAAGUUGUGUAAAGGGUCCAAUUCUGUGUGUUUGGCGGUUGAUGCUUCUCAUGUGGGAACUAAAGCAGAGGUUCCCAUGGGAAUGCAUGCCCCAUUUUCCCAGCACCAUUUCUCGGUUCUUUAAGUUCCAAGUUCAGUUUCAGAGGGACACCAGUGCCCACAAAGAGAUUUUACUGACAAAAGCUCAAGUACCAAAGCCUGAACCGACAUCACCCUUUCUUUAGUGCAGACGAGCAAUCUCAACCAUACCUUGAAGACUGUUGUUGACCCUCACGCUCUUAAUUUCUACUGUGAAACACAUUGAUUUACACCCUUUAGUUACACUCCACGUUUACCACAACACUGUACAUACUUGAGGAAAGCCCUGGGUUUCUAAGAGGACAAUGAUGACAAAAAUGUAUUUUAAAUUCUAUUUUUUACGUUGGUUUUGGACAAAAUGUGCUUCUAAGAACCCUGUAAAACUGGAGACUUGUACAAUUUGAAUGUGGGGAAAGCUUUGUUACAUGUUGACUGUUAUGUGUUCCUUAAUUAAUGUUGUGCACUGGAUUCUCUGCAUUUGAAACCGUUUUAUUUUGGACACCAACAUUUGAAUGAUGAAGUAUGUAUUGUAAAGGAUGUAUCAUUUAUCUUGAAUGUAAUGUAUUAAAAAGGUUGCUCCUUAACAA